AUGACCAGCAACAAUCAUGUGGAAGAAAUAUUUGAGCUACCAGGAGACCCUGUGGCAAUCUCUCCUUAUUCUUCAUCCGCGGCCAUUGGCAAGAACGGUAUUGACCUGAAAGAUGACGGCCGCGUGGAUAUCGACCUGGACUCAAACCUUAUGCGCCGUUUCUCUAUGUUGCACACUAGUCAGUUUCUAAGACGACCCUCAACACCACCACCUGAAUACUCGGAACUGCCCCCACAAGUCGACGAUGCUACAACAAGAGAGCUUGGGCACCUGCCGAAAUAUCCGGAGCCAGUUACGGAGAAUGGAAAGGCCUGGAAUGUUAAACUGAAUAUUGUCAUCCAAGUGGUGGGAAGUCGAGGCGAUGUGCAACCUUUCAUUGCCCUUGGAAACGAACUCAUGCGGUACGGACAUCGUGUGCGGCUGGCUACUCAUGGUAUAUUUGAAUCUUUUGUCCGGGACUCCGGGCUAGAGUUUUAUCCAAUUGGAGGCGAUCCAGCAGAGUUGAUGGCAUAUAUGGUCAAGAAUCCCGGCCUCAUUCCCACCAUGAAGAGUCUAGGAGCAGGUGAAAUUCAUCGGAAACGUCUUAUGAUCCGGCAGAUGUUGAGUGGAUGCUGGCAAUCAUGUAUAGAGCCGGAUAUGACUACGCAUGAACCCUUUGUAGCCGAUGCUAUUAUCGCCAACCCACCCAGCUUUGCGCACGUCCACUGCGCUCAGGCAUUAAGCAUCCCAGUACAUCUGAUGUUCACUAUGCCCUGGAGCAGUACAAAGGCUUUCCCACACCCGCUUGCAAACCUGAGGUGCGACAAUGCAGAUCAAGACUUAAAGAAUUAUAUCUCUUAUGACGUUGUCAAUUGGCUUACGUGGCAGGGUGUGGGCGAUGUGAUUAAUCAGUGGCGGAAAGAGCUUGAUUUAGAUGAAGUGGCUAUGUUUGAAGGCCCUUACCUUGCUGAGAUACUGAGGGUCCCGUUCACAUACUGCUGGUCUCCGGCUCUCAUUCCCAAGCCAUCAGAUUGGCCGUCUUAUAUUGACGUCUGCGGCUUCUUCUUCCGUGACUUCUGUCAGUACGAACCUCCAGCAGAUCUGCAGGCCUUCCUCGCAUCGGGUCCGCCCCCAAUUUACAUUGGCUUCGGCAGUAUUGUCCUGGACGAUCCUGAAAAGAUCACAGCAAUUAUUAUUAGCGCAGUAAAUGCAGCUGGCGUGCGGGCUAUUAUUUCCAAAGGCUGGUCAAACUUGGGCGGGACAGAAAACGAUAACAUUUAUUCCAUUGGGGACUGCCCUCAUGAAUGGCUUUUCCAACAGGUAGCUGCUGUCGUGCAUCAUGGGGGCGCUGGCACGACAGCUUGUGGUUUACGAAAUGCAAGGCCAACAAUUAUCGUUCCCUUCUUUGGAGAUCAGCCAUUCUGGGGUGCUAUGGUCGCCGCAGCCGGUGCUGGUCCUGCCCCUAUUCCAUAUAAAAAGCUUUCCGUUGAAGCACUGAGCCAAGGAAUACAAUAUUGCCUUACAGAACAAGUGGCGACAGCAGCUUCGGCCAUUGCGAUUAAAAUGAGUUCAGAAGCGGGAGUGCGCGCCGCAGUCUCGUCGUUCCACCGAAACCUUCCCCUCGAACGACUGCAGUGCGACCUAUAUCCGGGGCAGCCAGCAGUGUGGUCUUUUGCCAAGGGCCGCAGGAAAAUCAAGAUUUCGAAAAUCGCAGCAGAAAUGUUAGUCACCGAGAGGUUGAUUGAUCGGAAAAGUUUAGUGAUGCAUGCAAUCAAACCAAUUGUGAUUGAAAACCGUCGGUGGGAUCCUAUCACGGGUGGAGCUUCUGCCGUGGUAGGCACUUCAACCGCCCUCACGGCUUCCAUUCUAGGAACUUUUUACAAACCUUUCAAGGAGUAUCAAGACUACCACGAAAACCGCAGAGAUCGUCCCUCGAGUAGCAGUUCCCAUCGGCCCAUACAGAGACCUGCAAGUAGGUCAUCAUCUGGGAACACCUCAUCGCGGAUGACAAAUCAUGGGGAGGAGCUUGAUAAUCUUGGUACCAUGGACACCACAAUCUUCGAAACGAGCUCGUUAUCACACUUCAAAGAACCGUCAGAUCAUCAUAAAAUAAGGCUUGCUGGUAGAAUGGCAGGAGCUUCGGCUAAAAGCUUGGCCAGCUUCGGCCCAACCGCCCUUAAAGGUAUGAUGGUCGAUUUCCCGCUUGCUAUCGCUGAAGGAAUGCGCAACGUUCCACGAUACUACGGUGAGGAGCCACGGGAUCACGGCCCUGUUACUGACAUUAAGAGUGGCUUUGCUGUUGCUGGCAAAAGCUUCGCGUGGGGUAUGGCAGAAGCAGUCAGCGACAUUGUCGUCCAGCCAUACCAAGGUAUGCAGGAGGAUAGCGCGAGAGGCGCAGUUAAGGGCAUUGGCAAGGGCAUAGCAAACAUGGCUUCUAAAUCUGGCUGUGCUAUGUUUGGUGUCCUAGCUUAUCCGAGCGCUGGUAUUGCGAAGAGUCUGCAAUCGUCGAUUCAUUCUAAGACGCGAAAGAAGAUUGACAAGGCGCGCCAUAGCGAGGGGGUAUGGUUACUGAAGGACGGCCGAUGCAAGGAACCAAAUAGUGUAUUUACUACGUUCCAGGGACAAUUUAAGGGUAAGAAACGCUAA